AUGCUCAUACAGGUCUCUUUUAAGAAACAGCACCCCGCCCGCGCCCCUCCAGUCCACACGCCCCUCUUCUACCGCACGAGUUCUCUCCUCCCGUUCAGACUGAGCUUCUCAAAAGAGUCGUCUACACCGCCGCCUGUUUUGCUCCGCCCCCCGCAAAACGGCAGCGCGGCGCAGGCCCGGCCCCUCGGUACUCGCGGACUUUUCUCCGUGUCGCUUCCCCUUCUUCCCGGCAUCCCCGUUUCCGCUUUCUCAUGGCUCUUUGGUUCUCCCACAUCUCAGGCGCUUCGCGCCCAGGGGUUCACUGACGUCAUCUCUCUGCGCUGCGCGGACACCCGCCGGUGGAGGAAGGAACAGCUCCGCCGCCCUUCGCUUCUUUUGUUGGGCAGCUACUCCUCCGGAGUCAUGGCGCCGUCGCUGUGGAAGGGGCUGGUGGGCAUCGGCCUCUUUGCCCUAGCCCACGCGGCCUUUUCCGCUGCGCAGCAUCGUUCUUAUAUGCGAUUAACAGAAAAAGAAGAUGAAUCACUGCCAAUAGAUAUAGUUCUUCAGACACUUCUGGCCUUUGCAGUUACCUGUUAUGGUAUAGUUCAUAUUGCAGGGGAGUUUAAAGACAUGGAUGCCACUUCAGAACUAAAAAAUAAGACAUUUGACACAUUAAGGAAUCACCCAUCAUUUUAUGUAUUUAAUCAUCGCGGUCGAGUACUGUUCCGGCCUUCGGAUACAACAAAUUCUUCAAACCAAGAUGCAUUGUCCUCUAACACAUCAUUGAAGUUACGAAAACUUGAAUCACUGCGUCGUUAAGAUUUUUAAAAAUUAUAAUAACAGAUUAGGACAGGACACAGAGCUGGAAUAUUGGAGUUUGGGGUACAAAGCACUCCCCCCCAUCAGUAUUUAUAUUGAUCUUUCAGACCUAAUUAAAAAAGUCUAUGACCCUUGUUUAUACACUGUUAAUCAAAUCAUUAAUGCAAUAUAAGUUAUCUGUGAAAUGAGUCUUUGAUCUUUCAUAGAGAGAAUUCUUUUUUCAUCUAAAACAAAUUCACAUGUUUUGUAAAAGUCACUGUUUUGAACACAUUUCUUUGAAAAAUGAUGGUUUUGUAAUUAUUUAUUUUCUUAGAUUUCUUUUCUUUUGCACUACAGUUUUCAGGAUCCUUUUGGAGAUAGUGUGACUACUGCAUUUUGCAGCAUGAAUGAUAGUAAAAUGAUCUUAAGUUCUUCUUAAGAACUUAUGGACUUAACGAAGUCCAUAAGUUCAACAAAUGGACUUCUCUAAAGAGACCAAAAUGGUGACUUAUCAGUUUUUCUUAUGCCCCCUAAAAAGUGGUUCUGCUUCAGCAGAUACUUGCCAGUUUUUAAUUUAUCCAUUACUUCUCACCCUACCCCGCUCCCAUAUACCUCCUAACAUCAGUCUUGUUUCAUCACUUCUCUGGGGUUCUGUGUGCAGUGAGCAAUUUUUGUGUCAGAAAUCCUUUGUCAUAACAAAUAUACUUAACAAACUCAGCUUGCUGUAAAGCUACUUGUGUUCUCUUCAUUUAUUGGUAAAAAAUGUCCCGAAUUGAUUAUGUAGUGUAAGAAUAGUUGAAGAUAGACCAAAAAGACCAUCCAUGAAUUAAUUAUCCUGCCUGUUAUUUUAUUGCAUACUAAACUAGUGAAUUAGUAAAAAUAAAGGAAACCUCAUUAAAGGUAGACUUCAACGGAAUUGGGCCAGAUAUGUUCUAAAUAUUUGGAACUCAUGUCUUUAAAAAAAUUAAGGUCAUUGAAGAGAUUGUUUCGUAGCUUCUGAUUUGUUUUCCAUCUUCAUUGUAUGUUGCUGAAGGUGAGGAGGAGGGUACAGAAUUUUUUUAGAAACAGUAAUUUCAGUUUUAGGGGAAUUUGGCUAGCUCUUUGAUCUGCAGGAAGCUUAACAUUUCUACAUUUCUUCGUAGAAAACAUUGCUUUUGUUGAAUCAUGCAGGUAUGGAAACAUUGCUUUUGUUGAAUUGUAUAGGUAUAAAGGGAAUAACUGUAUGCAGAUUUGAAAAGGAAAUGUGCUUUAGGCAAGAGUCAUGAGAUGUCCUUAUCCUUGAAGGCAUUUUUUUCCAUUAGUAAUGAACCUCAGCUCUUCUCUUCUGCCUGGUAACACAGCCUGAAGUGCAAGAUUAUUUUGUCAUUGGGUUUUUAUUCAUUGUUUAAUUUUGUUUUGCCAACCCAAUCUGUCUGUGGAACACUGACUCUGCUCUCUAAGGAGAACAAAGUUAGAAAUCUGUUGAAAACCUAAAAUAAUUUAGAAAUGAGUUUAAAAUGUGAAGUCAGGGAUUAAAGUGGUUGUAUUUAAAUCAGAACAGUGUAUGAGAAACAAGCUCCUUACAUCAGGCCUGUGUACCGUUUCCUCAGGUAUGACUUGAUUCGCAAGAGCGUCUUAUUUUCUUCUCUUUGGGGGCCUGUCUUCCUUUCCUAAUAUGUUUUAAUAAUAACUUUACUGAGAUAUAAUUCACAUACCUUACCAUUCACCCAUUUAAAAGGUACAAUUCAGUGGUGUAAUAUAUUCAUGAAGUUGUGCAACCGUGAUCACAGUGAAUUUGAGAACGUUGCCAUCAGCCCAGAAAGCAACCCUGUGCCCUUUAGCGGUUACCUGUCUUUUUCCCGCAAUGCCUCCCAGCCACUAAUCUACUUUCUGUCUCUGUAGAUGUGUCUAUUCUGGUCAUUUAAUACGAAUGGAUUCCUGCAGUAUCUGGGCUUUCAUGACUGGCCUCCCAAAUAUGGUUUUGUUCUAUGUGGAGUGAGAACUUCUCCUCUUGAGAACUGAUUGCUGUAAAAGGAAGUGGUUUGUAAAAAUCAGUAGAUGUAAGGAGGGAAGGUCACAUAUCGAACAGGUUUCUCAGUCCGUCUUACGCUGAAUAGUUUUUUUCUCAGAAGCAAGCAUUCAUGAUAUGUUACUACCUAUAAUAUUUUUGUCCAGUCUGUAAUUGACAUAGCAGUCUUCAGUUGUGUCUAAUUUUGCUAGGAGCUUGUAUACCUCUGGUCAGGUGAGCUUCCCCAUUUUUUUCUUUAAUUUCCUGCAGUGAAUUUAUGCUGUCUUUUAAAAGUAGGUACCAUAGGAUUUGGGUGACGGGUACUUCAUGACAGUGCUGAAUGGAUUAAGUUCAGAAUUCUAUUUAUACUACUAUGAGGCAGUACUAAGGUAGCCAAAAAUGUAGUCAUGCGAGCUAGUUAAGCCUGCAAUUGACUGUGAUUUCAGUGACAUUCAGAAGUGUGUACUGUUGAAGGCUCUGUAGAAUAUAGGAAGACUUAAUGACCAGGGAACCAGCCAAAUGCUAUGGCCUAGUGGGCCAGCUGCAGAAAAUGCAGAUUGGUGAAUUAGAGACUGUGACGCUCUGUAACUCCCUAACGAUUGUUUUCUAAGCAUUGUGGCUUAGCUUUGAGUGGCAUGACAGCAUCCCCCUGGUUGUAUGUGGCCUGUUUCCAUGAUGUAUUGAGUAGUGUUGUUUGUUGCGAGCAUCGAUGCCUGUAACACCAAGCUAAACACGUUCUUUUGGAUAUGUUUCCUCUCUUUAAAUGCCCUUGCCCUGUCCAAUAAAUAAAUGAUUGUCUCACCCUGUUUUUGGUAGUGGUUUUUUUUUGGUUUUGUUUUGUUUGUUUGUUUGUUCGUUUUACUUUUAAUCUCAUUUUCUUCUGUUUCUCUGUCCCCAGAAAAAUGUAAGAUCUAAUUUUAAUGAUUGUAUUUUUUCCAAUGUGAUGCUGUUUUACUAAAUUCAGUGGAUACUUUACUUUUUGUUGUACAUGUAAAGUCUUAUUGCAGCUUUAUGUUUUUUUAGAGUUGAAAUAGAAUGUGUAAUCUCAUUUGUAUUUAUAUUUAUGAAUUAUCAAAUGCCCUUUGGAGUAUACGAAUAUUGGUCUUUGAGUAGCAGUGUCUAAUCAUUCCAGCACAAAUGUGUUAUAUAGCCAAACUGCCAUUACAAAAUGGCAAUUUAUACUUAACAGGAAAUCAUGAUGAAAGCAUCAGGGGACAAAUCUAGAGUUUAAUGGAAGUCCAAGAGGAAGUUCUGGUUCGCAAAGCUUGGCGUUUAUCUGCAGUAUUUUGAAAGAUAGCACCACUAGUAUUCAAAUCUACAUAGGAAUAUCUCAAAAUAACCUACUAAUCAAGUAUUCUUUUAAAAGGAAAAAAAGAAAGGUGAUAUAUGCACAUGGCAAAAAAAAAACCCAGAUGGUACAGAGAGGCAUGAGAUUAAAACUUGCUCCCUUCCCUCCUGUUCCUAAUACCUCUCUCCAAAGGUAACCAGCUUUAAGUGUCUUGUAUAUUCUUUCAGGAAAAAAGUUAUUUGCCAGCAAAUAUAUACUUAAAAAGUUUUUACAUUAAUGGAAUCAGACUGUACCUUGCUUUUUUUGCUACCUGUGUCUUAUAAGAUCUUUCUGUAUCAGUAUGUACAGAAAUACCUCAUUCUUUUUAAUGACUGUGUGGUAUUCUAAUAUAUGAUGUGUAAUAAAUGUUCAAACAUUGAUGGGCUUUCAGGUUGUUGGCAAUGUUUUACUAUUGCUAAAGCAUAUUGCAGUGAACUUACUUGUACAUAUAAUGAGAUUAAACUAACAGGGUUACUGCCUAGCAAUAGAAUUGCUGGGUCAAAGGAUAGUUUUCAUUUUCAGGUCAGUAGUUGUUGCCAAACUGAUCUCCAGAAAUCUUUGCCCAAUUAUGCUUCCACAUAUAAUGUAUAAGAAUAAUUAUUUAUGAGGCUCUUGCCAAUACUGGGCCCUCAACUUUUAAAAAUUUGAUCAUCUGAAAGUGAAUAAAUGGUAUUUUGCAUCUUAAUGAAGUUAUAAUGCAUUUUAAUGAAGGAGAUGGAACACAUUUUCAUGUUUAUUGGUUAUUAUAUUUCAUUUCCUGUGAACUGUGUGGUCAUGUUCUGUUUUCUAUUAGAUGAUUUGUUUUUUAUUAGUUUGUAUGAGCUCUUUGUAAG